AUGAACCGAACGAUGUCCAUACACUGGCAGAAGGUUCAGUGGAAUAGUCUAGAUUGGAUGGACUAUGUACAGGAACAGUCUAAAGCGGCAAUUUCACUACAAACUGUACGGUAUCUUACGAGAUCGCCAACAAUAUUUUAUGGUCAUGAGCCGUUGUGGUCUAUGGAAGGUGUAUGCUUUAUUCUCGAGAUAUCACAUCUGACUCGGAGCUACGUUAGACAAGAUAAUACGUAUACGGUGACGCAUACGUCAGUACCUUCACAAAACGCUCUGUUCAGAUUAUCAUCUAGUGCGAGUCGUAGGUCAGGAUGA